AUGAAGAUGAAACACCCGUCGCGUCGGAAAACCACUCCCGCGAAAGCGUCGGUGACCAAACCGUUCGUCAAGGGCGCCCCCCGCAGGCGCAGCUCAUCGUCCGUCAACGUGCCGAAAGUCAAUCGAGAUGAUAGGAUCAGCAGCUUGCCGGACGACAUCUUGCUCAACAUCCUCGACCAACUCAAUGUACGCGGCGCUGCCACAACCUCCGCAUCGUGGGCGUUAUACCUCCUCUCCAGACGGUGGCGUCAGCUUCCUGCCAUGCUCUCACGGCUUACAAUAAGUGCUCAGGACUUCCUACCCUCAAAAGCUAAAACCAGCUUGUCCAAACAUGAAUUGGUUCGGAGGACCGAUGAAGCUGUGGUCGAAGCCACAAGGAGCAUACUGGCACGCAGGGAUCCGGGUGGAUGCAUCAUCAGUCUCUUGAGGAUGACAUUCUACUUGAGAGAUGAUGCCCCCAUAUCCAUUGGGGAUGAUGUUAGCAACACCAUGGCGACACACAAGAUUGAGCAAGCAGAAUUCACAGUUUUGGCAGACAAGAAAUGCGUAGAGUACACCACUGACGAUUUGGAGAACAAUGGGGCACGGUUCGUGUCAUUUUUCAACGAGUCUCCGAAUGCAUUUGCUGGUCUCACACGUCUCUACCUGGAGAUAUUGAUAUUUGCUACAUCUGACUUUGUAUCCAACAUCACGGUUACUUGCAAGCAACUAAAAUAUUUAGGUUUUUUCCAUUGCUACACGUACACGGAGGGGUUGAUAAUGCUUGAAGUUGAACACACACAACUGAGUGAGCUAUGUAUUAUCAAUUGUCGUUUUGGCAUGGUCAAGCUCACUAGGCUUCCAAAACUCACCCGAUUGGCGUUUGAGCAUUGGCUGUCUUAUGAAGAACCACCAUUGUCAAUUGGUUAUGUACCAUUACUUAAGGCUCUGAGCCUUUCAAAUGUUGCUAGUAGUAGCCACAAAAUGGUCGAGUUAAGUAAGUUUCUGUAUGAGACCUCUGUUCGAGACCUGAGGUUGGGGUUUAAAUUCGAAAAGAUCUGGGUUCAACCAGAGUGUCUGAAUAAAAGGCUGGCAUUUGUGUUCUGCCAACUAAAGAUUGUCAAUCUAGUUAACAUCCCUGAAGGGUAUGAUCUCACCUGGACAAUGUUCGUUUUGGAAGCGGCGCCGAUCCUGGAGGAGCUCUACAUGAUGGUAAUGGAUCAUCCAUGUGAAAUGCAAACGAGCCAAGAGAUUAGCGAGAACAAGGGUGUUGAAUGGGAAUCACCUACAUCAAAUUUCAAGCACCACUGUCUGACCAAGUUCAUCAUGUUCGGCUUUCAGGUUAAUGACUACAUGGUGGAUCAUGUCAAGCGUGUCAUGAAAGCGGCAGUGAAUUUACAAGAUGUGUACCUGCAUGAUAGACUGAUAUGUGAUAAGUGCCCAUGGAAACUAGAUAUAUUCACCCACAUGGCCACAUGA